UCAGUGUGACAGAGUGGCAAGCAGAACCGCUAGAUUUUGGGAAUACAGAGGAUCCGAUCAGGACCCGUUCUAUCGUCUUCCAAAUUAACUCAGUUACUUUCAGACAAAGUUUAAUUUAAGUUGACACCCGAAGAAAUCUUCAGAACAUCGUGCCAAACUUAUUUCUAAAUCUAUGAAUUAAACGUAAACGGUGGAGGGUAUCAGAUCUUAUUCAAUUCAGUAUGGAAUUUGAUUAAAAUCACUGAAGUUUGGAUAUAGGUGGUUUGGACAGAUAAUGGUAACCAAAUUCUAUUUGUGACAAUCAAAUCCAGUGUUGACGCGUUGAAGUGUGUAUCAAGGAGAUACCAUGUGACGGAAAAUUGGACAAAUACUUAAUCUUCAUCUCGAAUCUUCACAUUUCAAGUAGAGUUUUAAUUCAGGACAACUGAACGGGGUGAGCUUUACUGGUAUUUUCUUAAAGAUGAAAGCCACAUAGGACUAUGCGCGCACGAAGUUGCCAUGACAUAAUGGGAAGCUAGAAUAUUGGGGGUACCAAAUACUGGGAAUGCCUUAUUACUAGCACCUUCGUGGUGGAGAAAUGGGAUGACAGGGGGCAGCUGAGGUGAGACUGAUAAGGACAAUGAUUGUGCCCGGCGUUGGCAUCCCGCUCCCGGAGCGUCUGUUGCUGAUGUUGGUCCUGCUGUCUGUCUCUGAGUCGAGGCUCACUCAAGCUUGCCAUGGGCUCAUCACUAGUGGCUGCAGCUGUACAGAUGAACGCUCCAAAGCCCACUCCACUCAAACUGUUCGGAAAAGAGUCAGCUGCGGUAACGAAGAACUUUCUGAAACUCCAGAAUCCGGCCUGCUACCGAACCAGACCGUUACAUUAAUUUUGAGCAACAAUCGCAUCAGGGUUCUGAGAAAUGGAUCCUUUGUUGGACUCUAUGCCCUGGAGAAACUAGACCUUAGGAGCAACCUCAUCAGCACCAUCAUGCCUGGAGCCUUCCAAAGUUUAUCUGAUCUUCGGAAGCUUGACCUGUCCAACAACCGCAUUGGCUGCUUGACUCCAGACAUGUUCCAGGGACUCACCAACCUCGCCAAACUGAACCUCUCUGGAAACAUCUUAUCUACCUUGGACUCGGGGGUCUUUCAGGAGCUCCCCUCUCUUAAGCUAGUGAACUUCAACUCUGACUUCCUGUCAUGUGACUGUGGGCUGCGCUGGAUGCCAGGUUACUUUCGCACCAGUACAGCGCGGCUGGGGGACGAGACAGUCUGUGCCUAUCCCAAAAGCCUCCAUGGAAAGCCUCUGCGUGGACUGAGGGAAAGUCAGCUGAGCUGUGAUGGGCCUCUGGAGCUGCACACCCUGUCUCUCCUGCCCUCCCAGCGCCAGGUGGUCUUCAAGGGGGACCGAAUGCCCUUCCACUGCACUGCCGCCCUGGUGGACAAAAUCACUGCGAUGCACUGGCGCCACAACGGCCAGCUGGUGACCUCUGACCCUGAACAGGGCAUCAGUCUGGAGGCCAGUGUGGUGCAUGACUGCACCUUCAUCACCAGUGAGCUCAUCCUGUCCAACGUGCAUGUGGAGGCCAGUGGAGAGUGGGAGUGUGUGGUGGCCACUGGGCGGGGCAACACUUCCCGCAGUGUGGAGAUAGUGGUGCUGGAGAACAGUGCCUCCUUCUGUCCGGAGGAGAGAGUCACUAACAACCGGGGGGAGUUCAAGUGGCAGAAGACCCUGGCAGGUAUCACCUCCUACCAGUUCUGUCUCCAGCUGCGCUACCCCUCCCUGUCCAUGGGGGGUGGUGUGGUGCAGAAGCAGGCAUCACGCUACUGUGACCGCUCAGGGAGCUGGGAGGAGGGAGACUAUGACAACUGUCUCUACACUAAUGACAUCACACGGGUCCUACACACCUUCAUCCUGAUGCCCAUCAAUGCCUCUAAUGCGGCCACUCUGGCACGUCAGGUGCGUACCUACACUGUGGAGGCAUCCGGUUUCACUGACACCAUGGACGUGAUGUACGUGGCCCAGAUGAUGGAGAAAUUCAUGGAAUAUAUCCGACCACUGAGAGAGCUGUCAGAGAUGCUGGUGGACAUGGGCAGUAACCUGAUGCAGGUGGAUGAUCAGAUCCUGGCCCAUGCCCAGACAGAGAAGAGAGCCUGCAGCUCCAUAGUCCAUUCUCUGGAGACCCUGGCCUGGCCCCAGCUACACAGCCAUGCCCAGGACCUCUCCAUGAUCUCCAGGAACAUUGUGAUGGAGGCCCACCUUAUCCGUCCGGCCCACUUCACUGGAAUGAGCUGCACAGCCUACCAACGCCGGGAGACCUUGUUAGGCAACCUGGGCAUGGAGGGGGCAGAGCCCACCCACGAACAGCAGCUCCGCUUCCGCUGCACCACUGGCACACACAACACCUCCCUAAACAACUUCCCCAUGAAGAAUGCUGUAGCCCUGGCCUCUGUGGUUCUUCCUGCCUCUCUGUUCCCCCCGGACGCCCCGUCAGACUGUAAGCUCCAGUUUGUGGCGUUCCGUACUGGGAGGUUCUUCCCUUUCUCUGGGAACUCUAACGGUCCUGGAGAGCACGUCCGCAGACACAGUAUCAAUAGCCCAGUGGUCUACGUAGGCCUGGACGGGUGCAGUCUGUGGAACCACUCGGAGGCUAUCCUGGUGUCCCUGCGUCACUUGACCCCAGGCAGCGAGCCGGUGGCGGCCCACUGGAGCUUACAGGCACUGCUGCAGAAGCAGGGUGGGUGGAGCCAGGAGGGCUGCCAACUAGCCCACACUGACUCUGCCACCUCCACCCUGCGCUGUUCUGUGCUCAGCAACUACGCUGUGUUGCAGGAGGUUCCUGACUUCCCCCACUCCCCACCCAUGUCAGUGAGGGUGCUCCACCCUGUGGUUUACACCUGUACUGCAAUCCUUCUCCUCUGCCUCUUCACCAUCAUCAUCACACACAUACUACACCACAGUUCUAUAAAUAUAUCCAGAAAGAGCUGGCACACCUUACUCAAUACCUGCUUCCACAUCGCUAUGACCACAGCUGUGUACGCAGGAGGCAUCACCCUGACCAGCUACCCAAUGGUGUGUCAGGCAGUGGGCAUCGCUCUACAUUACUCCUCCUUGUCUACUCUGCUGUGGAUUGGUGUCAGCGCCAGAGUCCUCUACAAAGAGACUGUCUGGAGGAUGCCACGGCAGCCAGAGGGAGAGUCUAAUGUUCCCCCUACUCAGCGGCCUAUGCUCAGGUUCUAUCUAAUAGCUGGUGGUGUUCCUCUCAUCGUAUGUGGCAUCACUGCAGCUGUCAAUGUCAACAACUAUGGGGACAACAACCCUUACUGCUGGUUGGUGUGGCGGCCCAGUUUGGGGGCCUUCUUUGUCCCCGCAGGCUUGGCGGUAUUGGUGACCUGGAUCUAUUUCCUGUGCACUGUGUUUCGCCUGAGGCACCGGGUGUCCAAAGAGUGCCCAAGAUUCUCCCUGUCCUCCCCUGUGCCUGAGAGCCAGCCAGCCCUGGGUGGCAGCACCAGCCUCCUGUCCACAGACUCUGUGGUAGGGACCAUACAUGCUGCGUUGACCCCAGAGGACCAGUACACCCUGAAGGUGCAGUUCCUGGUGCUGGUAGCCACCCACUUCCUGUUCUUGGCCCUGUGGAGCUGUGGAGCCAUGGCCAUGUGGCUGACAGGGCGCAGCAGCCUAUUUUUCAGCUGUCUCUAUGGAGUAGCUGCCACCGUGUUGGGGGUGUUCCUGGUGGUCCACCACUGCUUCCGACGCCUGGAUGUGCAGGCCUCCUGGCUAAGCUGCUGUCCAGGAAAUCGGCGCUCCCAGCCCAUACCAGUCUACACGCACACCUGCACCACUGUGAGUGGGGUGCAGACCACCUCUGAACAGGGAUCCCAGAUCUUCAUUGGCUGCCAUCCUCCAGGGGAUCCCCACAACACCUCAUCAGCCAGGUCCUCCUCCACCCCCAGUGGGAUCAGCAGUGUGGGCCCUGGGCACUGCAAACUUACCAACCUGCUGCAGGUGGCACAAGAAAAUAGCAACAAUGCCACUCGUGCCCCAGCAGGCAUCAUCACCAGCACCAGUACAGACAAUAACAACAAGCAAGCUAACAACCUGCUGCCCACACUAGGCUCUGUAGCCCCUGUCCAGCCUCAGAGGAGGAAGGUCAGUGGCAGAACUAAACAAGGGAGCAGCCAGUAUCACCACCGAGGUGAAGGCAGAGGUCACUACCGUCUCAAAGCUAUGAGGACUGGUGGGGGAGGGGGCAGUAUGGGAGCACUGGGACCUACAGGUAUAGAGCAGCACAACACCGCCCAUCCAGCCCACAAACAGGCCGCUAGUGAGAAUGGCAGUCUCCAUCACAGCCACUCUGAAAGCCCGGCCAGCCCGCUAACCAACGGUAACGGUAGGAGAGUGGGGGGGACAGUGACCACCAGCCCCUCAGAGGGUAGCGACGGGGGCAGCAGCGGCAGCCGUAAGCCCUUCCCUCUGCUCCCCUCUGUGGCCAGCAGGGUGGCCAUGCAAGGUAAUAGGUGCAGCGCCAGCCGAGACAAUCUGAAACUGGCAGCGGCUGCAGAGCGGGAAGCUAAGCGCUGCUCCUACCCUCUCAACAGUAUCACUACCACUGUGCCAGGGGCUGCCCCUAACGGCACCAUCAAGAGCUCUGUGAUAGAGCUGGAAUUGGACACAAGUUGUACAGACCAUUCCCAGAGCUCUGUGGGCAUGAAAAGUAUGUGGAAGAGUGAAACUACAGUGUGACCCUCACUCUCUCCCAGCAAAUGUCCACAGUGGACCCUGGCAAUAUUUGAUAUGACUGCUGUUGUUGUAGUGUCCUCCACCUGUAGAGACAAAUCCUCAUCUGAGAUCCAUUUGUGUAACUUCCCAGCUAGCAUAUAACGUUCUGAGAACCACAUGUUUCUUAUAGAGCUUGGUGAGAGCGUGGUUGUCCUAUGGUUAUUUUGUAUAAAACCUUCCCACAACUUUCUGCAAAUGGUGCAGGAUAGUUGCUUGUCUUUGAAACACCCUCAGUACAUUUAAGGAGCUUGACCAAAAAAAAGUUAUUUUCUUGGUAUUUCAUUACUUUAAGAGAACAUUCAAACAUGGUUACAUUUAAUAAACAUGUUGGUAAUGUUCUAGAAACAUUCUCCAUCUGGUUUGACAUUUGGAAUGUUCUCAAAUAGUUCAGAGAACUUUAAGACACAACGUUCUUCUGUGGGAAUUUCAGUCCUUCAGCAUAACGUUUCCUACAGGUUUCGAAUAAAACAUAAUCAAAUCUAAAUGUAUUUGUCACAUGCUUUGUAAACAACAGGUGUAGACUAACAGUGAAUUGCUUACUUACAGGUCAUUUUCCAACAAUACAGAGUUAAAGAUAAAGAUAAAAAAUCUUAAUAGUGACAUGGUUUUAUUUAAAGUCAUGUUCUCAAAUUGUUCCAAGAACGUUAAGAAACAACGUUCUUCUCUGGUAAUGUCAUUACCAUAGAAUAACAUUUUCUACAGGCUUCUUCAAGGUUCUAUAUAAAGUAAUGUUCUCAAAUUGUUCCGAGAACAUUAAGUUAACUUUCCAUAAAAAAACACAAGAAAACUUUAGUAACGUUCAGAGGAAGUUCUAAGAAUGUUAUUUAAAAAGAUAUAUGUCCAUUCAUCCGCAUCAAUGAAACUCUUUCUAUCCUUUAUCUUGUUAAGUGUGUUCAGGUGUGUUGGCCUUGCCCACUAAUUGGCCACACCCGAGUGCUUCUUUCCCUGUAAAAUGGGGUCCGUUUGAGUAGACUAAAAUUAGAAGCUUUGUAUUUGUAAAAAAACAUGGCAUGCUAGCUCCAUCCGGGUGGUGCAGUGGACUAAUUCCAUGAAUAGAGAACAUAAGAUUAUAGGUUUGAAUCUCACUGAUGCCGUCACAAUAAAAAAUAAAUGUGGUUGCAUGAUUUAUGCCUAAGGAAAUGAAUUUCCAUGUGUCCUAUCUGUGCUUGGAGUUCAAUAAAGUUGACUCAAAAUAAGCUAGUUGUGUUGCUAAAAGUCUUAUUGAAACAUUCAGUUAACGUAAUUCAAAAACCUUCAGAUCACCUAUAAUUUCUGUUCUCAGAGCGCUGGGUCAGACUUUCAUGUACAUUUAAUUUAAAUAAUUGCAAAGAACUUCAAGUUGCACGUGUGGAUCUCAAAUUGGGAUUCAACUCAUGAUGAGGUUUUUAUUUUAAAUGUGUAAAGGAGAUAGAUGAUGGGGUUGGAGAUAGAUCAUGGGGUUGGAGAUAGAUGAUGGGGUUGGAGAUAGAUGAUGGGGUUGGAGAUAGAUCAUGGGGUUGGAGAUAGAUCAUGGGGUUGGAGAUAGAUCAUGGGGUUGGAGAUAGAUGAUGGGGUUGGAGAUAGAUCAUGGGGUUGGAGAUAGAUCAUGGGGUUGGAGAUAGAUGAUGGGGUUGGAGAUAGAUCAUGGGGUUGGAGAUAGAUCAUGGGGUUGGAGAUAGAUCAUGGGGUUGGAGAUAGAUGAUGGGGUUGGAGAUAGAUCAUGGGGUUGGAGAUAGAUCAUGGGGUUGGAGAUAGAUCAUGGGGUUGGAGAUAGAUCAUGGGGUUGUGUUGCUUCUUACUUUUGCUUCCAUCACAGUGAUGGUAUGGGAUGUGUACUUUCAUCUCUGUCACUUAUGAACUGUUUGUUGGGUUUGCCAGGAAUUCAAGGCCUGUCCUUUGUGUACCUGAAAUACUCAUUUAUUCACAGGAAGUUUUACAAGCUAAGUCUAAAAUUGACAUAAGAUGUUGAUUUUGGACACCUUAAAGGGGCAAUUUGCAGUUGUAUUCUUAUUCUGUGCAUAUCAACUAUAGCAUGAAAUGGAAAUUGAGAUUGUCCAUUUCUACAGUACGGCUGUGCAUUUCCUCUGUGAAGAAUCCUUUUGCUCUUAUUAUGUUGACUUGUAUUAUUGUGUGUGUGUGUGUGUGUGUGUGUGUGUGUGUGUGUGUGUGUGUGUGUGUGUGUGUGUGUGUGUGUGUGUGUGUGUGUGUGUGUGUGUGUGUGUGUGUGUGUGUGUGUGUGUGUGUGUGUGUGUGUGUGUGUGUGUGUGUGUGUGUGUGCUUCCGUGAAUAUGUGUUUGUGUGUGAGAUCCUUAAUCUAGCAUGAGAGAAUGCAGUAUCUAAAAAAAAAUGUUUUUACUAAAACGUAUUGACUCGGAUUCAAAUACGCAUCAGCACUGAGGGAACUUCUCCCCUUCAUGAACAGGUUGGACAAGUAUCAGUGUUUGGAUCAAAUUAACUAAGAGUGACCUUUCUUUGACCCUGGCAUGUACUCGGAAAUGUUCCUGGUUAUUUUUCAUAUGAACUGUCCCAUCCUUCUUCCUUUUUCCUUUUUCCCUUACUGGCCUGUGUUCAGUUCGGGGGAAAAACGUACUAUAACAUUCAAUUAAACGGAAACAGUACUGUUCUGAAUGACCAGUUCAAAAACUGGGAGGGAUUUGGUUGUGGGCUGUGGAACGCUGUCAGCAUGGCCGCUACCCUUUAAAUAUGUCACUCACUGAUUCAAGCCACACCCCACCACACCCACCAAACGGAGAAAACGUACCUCAAAGUCUGUUCAAGAACGUUGAAGAACAAUUUGGGGAAAUGUGUCAUUCAGUACAAAUGGUUACACAGUGUACCACAUGUUCAAUCGAACUGAACGCACCCCUGUGCUCUCACACCCUCUUGGAGUUUCAAAUCUCUGGAUUUACACUCAUGUAAACACUGCCCCCUCCAGGAUUUCAAACAUCAUUGUUCAUGCGUUGACAAAUCAAAGGGAUGCAUCAGUUCAAACCAUGUUCAGUUUGUCAUCUGCAUCAGGAGACUAUGUUAACGGUUGUUAAAUUAUGUGGUAAAUGGCUCUGGUUUAUAACACAUUAUUCAAGAUACAGUAAGUUAACUGACCCCUCGCCCCCCCCCCCAAACACACACACACACAUUUACCUCAUAAACUAAUGGCUUAGAAGCUUGUUACAGUAAAAAUCAACUACUUCUACACCAUUUUCUGUUAAUGUACAAAGCUCAGAGUAAAGGCAAAAUAAAUUAUGACAGAAGUGGUUCAUGUUAUCUACAUAAUUGCCUCAUGUUUCUUCACACACUUUAUCAUCCAAUAUUGUGUAAAACCAUAUUAUGCUAUUUUGAUCUUGAGUAUUCUUUCAGAGUGUGUAAGAAUGCAACAACUCAGUGCAUCUUAGAUAAGCUCCUCUAAACAACUCCAAUGUGUUCAGGGAAAUUAUUAUGCCAAAGAAUUGUGUAGAAUAGCAGAGCUUACCUCAACAUCAGUGUUUAGCAAAUUUGAUGCAUUUCAUAGAUUGUUUCCUUAUUCUAGGUCCUGAAAUCUCCCUUUGGGUUAAUGUUAAUAACUCAAACUCACAAAGCUCAGAUUUGUGAUAAGUACAAAGCAGUGGUAUCAUAUACGUGAAUGCAUGUGUUGUAUUUAAUUGUUGAGGGGAUGUCAAACUGCUAAACCUGCGGUAGUGGCUGGUCACAACAUGUUUAUAUAACCUGUGUCUGAUAUUCGUGAGUUUACCUUCUACAACCCUUUGUCACUGGAAAAAAAACUUCUUAUUCCACUUAUUUACAUUAGGUAUUAAAUGUCAAAAUGUGCAAGAACACAAUGAUAGAAUGUGUCAUCUUUUCACUCAUGGUUACCCAGAUUUACAUUUCAUCCAUUUACUAACAUUCAUCACAUUGGUGAUAGGUCCCUAAAUGAUUUCCAAGUUUUGUGUCCACUCUCAUCUCAAAAUGAAAAAGGGAGAUUUCAAAUGUUGUAUGUAUAUUUAUAUUUUAAUUUGUCACAGUGCCAUCAGAAUGAAAUGAUUGUGACAAAUAACUGUUUUUAAUUCAAUAAUAUAUUGUUCAAGAAAUUCAGACUGUGCCUUAUAGAAAAAACUGAUGCAAAAUUAAAAAAAUACAACUUCA